AUGACGGACCCGGCGGUGUGCUGCUUCCUCACCAAGACCCUGUGCGCCCAGGGCGGGCGGCUGGAGCUGCCGGAGCUCCGGGAGCACAUCGGUCUCUCGGCGCAGCAGCUGGAGGAGACGCUGGCGGCGGCGGGUCCCCAGCGGUUCCUGGUGCUGCGGCACGGCGGCGGGGCGGGGGUCCUGGCCGUGUCGGCCGUGCGGGUCUGCGUCCGCAAGGAGUGCGGGGGCUGCGAGCGGCUGCACCUCUGCAAGCUGUACCUCAUGGGCAAGUGCAACCUGGGGCCCAGCUCUUGUAAGUACCCACACGACAUCAUCAAUGCUGAGAACAAGAAAGUUCUAAAGACUCAUAACUUGUUUGGCCUCAAUGAGAAUGAGCUGCGAGUCCUGCUUCUCCAGAAUGACCCUUUCCUCCUCCCUGAUGUCUGCCAAUUUUACAACAGAAAGGAUGAUACCUGCAAGCAGCAAAACAACUGUAACAAGCUUCAUAUUUGUCGACACUUUCUCCGAGGGGAAUGUAGAUUUUUUCAAUGCAAGAGGUCCCAUAACCUCUUGGAUGCCCAUGCAUUGAGAGUGUUGGAAACUGGAGGUGUGGAUGGGAGCAUAGCUUCAAACAUCCAGACUAUAUGUGAUCACAAGCAUGUGGAAUUCAACAAGGAACUGAUGAAGGGGAAAAACUACAAGUACAAACCAAGAGAAGAUUUCUUGAGAAAAAAAGCAGUUAUGAGGAGUAAAGAACUGAAGAUAACUUUGCAAACAGUGGGCUUCACACUGGAUAUGCCACCUUCAGAAGGUCCCAGGAGCAAUGUACGUGGUCAGAGCCAACACCAGUUGCCAACAGGAGCUGGAGGUAAAGACGAAGAUAAAAAAGACAAUUCCUCUGCUGAAGCUUCGAAGGACAAAAAAGAAGAUGAUAAGUGUGAUGAGAUAUGCGUGUUUUAUGUCUGGAAGUACUGCAAACAUAAAGAUAAAUGCAGACUUGUUCAUUACCAUUUGCCAUAUCGAUGGCAGGUAUAUAAUGGGAUCACCUGGAAUGACCUUUCCAUGAUGGAGGAAAUUGAAAAGGCGUAUUGUGACCCAGGAAACAGCAGCAUAGCAGCUAAGAACAUUGAUUUUCAGACAAUGACCUGCUCUUCUUCUUCGCUUCGACGCCUCUCUACACAAUCAUCAGUCACAAGCCCCACACUUGUAUUGACCACGCAGUGGAUUUGGUAUUGGAAGAAUGACCAAGGCCAGUGGAUUGAAUAUGGAGAACAGGGAGAAGGGGAUGGUGUGAAGUCGCCAUCUUCUGAUGUUAUUGAGAAUCUGUAUCUAGCAGAUCCAGAUGCCACCAUAUCUUUCCAGGCCGGCUUGAAUCAUUACCAGCUCAAUUUUAAAGAAAUGACCCAGACAAACAUCUCUUUUAAAACUCGAAGAAGGGUCUGCAGGCGACCAAAGUUUGUGUCUUCUGAAGAUGUGCAGAAGAUAAAGAAAGGCCAGAGGAAUUCUUCUAUUCCAAAUCAAGCCUGUCCUAGCCACUGGGAUCAAUCUGCGCUGCCUGACUUGGGAUACAAGGCAGUGGAGAUCAGUAAUACAACCUCUGAAUACAACAAAAUAAAGCAGCUGUUUCGUCAGACUAUGAGAAGCUACAAUGUCCUUAAAAUACAGAGGAUUCAGAAUCCAUCCCUCUGGAAAGUGUUUCAGUGGCAAAAGGAGCAGAUGAAGAGGGAAAAUGGAGGGAAGGAAGUAAAUGAACGGUUCUUGUUCCACGGAACCAUGAGCUCCUCCGUGGAAGCCAUCUGCGUUCACAACUUUGACUGGAGAAUUUGCGGAAGCAAUGGAACAAACUAUGGAAAAGGAAGUUACUUUGCUAGAGAUGCUUCCUAUUCCCAUGCAUACAGUCAGUCUGCAGUGAAAACAAACAUCAUGUUCGUGGCUCGUGUAUUGGUUGGAGAUUCCAUUAAAGGCAAUGCAACCUAUGUUCGUCCCCCGACAAAGGCUGCUGAUGGGCUUCGGUUUUAUGACAGCUGUGUGGACGAUGAGUUAAAUCCCUCAAUUUUUGUUGUCUUUGAAAAACAUCAGAUUUACCCAGAGUAUAUAAUAGAGUAUAAGGAGGAAGAAAAAAAAUGUAUUAUAUCUUAAAGGGAUCAGAGCUGUUGGCAUCCCUCAUCUUAUUUUCUGUAUUGCAGGUGUUCUCAUACUUGGUGAUUUCUCCCUUUUUAAUAUAAUCCUUUGGAAUGUUAAUCCAAAGAAUUUCUGUAUUAAUGAGGGCUGGCAAAACAGA